GCAAGAGAAGUUUUGAAGGAACUUGCUACGACAGAUUGGAUUGCUCAGCAGAUCUGUUCUUCCCUAUUGGACCACCUAUUUCCUGCUCUUCCACGGAGUUCUCCUCACCAAGAAGCUUUUGCUAUUUUUCUUCUGAUACCUGAGUGCUGUGUUGUUCAGGGAUCACAUGAAAUACCGUCACUAGUUUUACAGUUUGCUGAAGCUGUCACAGGCCUGAGCAAAGGCUCGUCCAAGAUUCUAGAAAAGUAUUGGUCCUUGUUGCCCGGUCCGUUUUUCGAACAAAUAGUUCAAAUGUUGAAGACAUGUGUGUCAGCCAUGUUGCCUUGUUAUAACCAUUUCCCCAAAGACAAGACAUGGAUUGGUACCCUCAAAGUGCUUAAAAAGCUGUAUAAGGUCAACAUGAAGGCUGAAUGCCAACUGCAAACAAGUACUUUCUGCAUAGACGAAAUUGCUCAAAAAAUUAACUUAAUAGGAGAUUUACAGAGAUGGAAGUUACAGGAAAAUAUCCCAGAAGAAGAGAAGUUAAUCUGUUUCUGUCAUUUUCCUUUCGUCUACAACGUAGCAAUCAAGAGGGAAAUACUUUAUUAUAUGUCCUGUGUUCUACAAGAGUAUUUCGAAAAAAAAGCUUAUUAUGAAUUGUGGGAUUCGAGGCUGAGAAAAAGUGACCUUCCAGAAUAUCCUAUCUUUACUCUGAAAGUACGACGCCACUUCCUCAUUGAAGACACCUGGCACAAGCUUAGUAUAACAGAAGACAUCUACCUGAAAAAGUACCUGCAGGUUCAAUUUGAAAAGGAAAUGGUUGGAUAUGGAGGUACAGGUUACCUGGUGGAAUUCUUUUCAGAAGUGUUUGAGAGGCUGGCACAGCCAGAAUAUGGGAUGUUUAUGUAUUGUGAACCGUGUUCCCCAAUGUGGUUUCCUACCAAGCCUUCUGUGGAAAAGAAUAAAUAUUACCUUUUUGGUAUUCUCUGUGGACUCUCAAUAGCCAACCAAGUCACUGCCUACCUACCUUUCCCACUUGCUGUCUUUAAAAAGCUGCUUAACAAGAAGCCAACUCUCAGUGAUGUGAAAGAGCUAUGCCCUGUGAUAGGAAG